AUAUGACUGGCUUCGGCGAUUAGCCGGGCUGCUGAUGCGGGUGAGCUGUGGCUGCGCUGGUUCGGUUCUCUCGUCUCGGUUGCGGCGCGGGCAUGGAGACUUGUCGCUCCAUCCUCGGCCGCCUCCUGUGUCCUCUUUGCUGCGGUCUCCUUUUCUUCGUCCUCCUCCUACUCGACAGCUCCGCUUCAUCGGAGACGUAUGCUGUCGAUGUAGAAGUGAAGGAUGCUUCCAACAUCACAUGUCUCUAUGCAAAAUGGAUGAUGAACUUCUCAAUAACGUAUGAAUCCAAUAUUAGUGAAUAUAAAAACAUAGCUUUUAUGCUCCCACAAAAUGUGAACUAUGAUGGAAGCAGUUGUGGUGACGAAACAAGUGGCCCUCAGCUAUCAGUAGAGUUUGGAACUGGAAACAUCUGGAGCAUCAACUUUACGAAAACGCAUGAUACUUACCAAGGAAACAUCACGUUUAUCUACAAUACCGAUGAUGUGGAAUUAUUUCCAGAUGCUAAAAGGAAAGGACCAAUCAUUACCUCUGCAUACUAUCCUGUGCAUCCAGUUCAAUUAAAUACAGUAUUCACCUGUCGGCAGGUGGAUUCUGUUCAAGCUGGCAAUGUCACAAAUGACUUCUGGAACAUCAGUCUUCAGGCUUUCCUUCAGAAUGGCUCCUUAAGUACAAAACAUACUCAUUGUGAUAAAGAUGCUGCAGCUUCUCUUCUGUCUACGGAUACCACUACUGUACCUACUACAACAGUCACUUCCACUACUACUGAACCUACUACAACAGUCUCUACCACUACUACUACUGUACCUACUACAACAGUCUCUACCACUACUACUACUGUACCUACUACAACUGUUUCUACCACUACUACUACUGUACCUACUACAACUGUUUCUACCACUACUACUACUGUACCUACUACAACUGUUUCUACCACUACUACUACUGUACCUACUACAACGGUUUCUACCACUACUACUACUGUACCUACUACAACAGUCUCUACCACUACUACUACUGUACCUACUACAACCGUCCCUACCACCACCACUAUAACUACAGCUACUACUAUUAAAACAACAGCUUGGUCACAUGUUCCUCUAUCGGUUGUCAAAGUAGGGGAGAAGCCUGUCACGGGAAACUACUCAGUCAAUGUUGGUACCACAAGCUGUCUCCUGGCAAGCAUGGGCCUGCAACUGAACAUCUCUAAAGAACAGGGCCAUUGGUUGAUUAAUAUUGAUCCAAAUUCUACUGUGGCUACUGGUAAAUGUGGUGAAAGAACAGCAGACCUCAGGCUGAAUGAUAACAACAACACAAUUAUUGAUUUCUUAUUUGCAAUUAAGAACACAAGCUCGGAUAAGUUCUACCUGAAAGGCGUGAACAUCACUCUCGUUCGUCCUGCCAAUGGUUCUCUUUUCGCUGCCAACAACAAUCUCAGUUCCUGGGAAGCCUCCUUGGGUAGUUCGUACAUGUGCAGGAAAGAAGAAACUCUUGUCGUGACGGAGGGAUAUCGAAUAAUGACCUUUGAUCUGAGAGUUGAGCCAUUCAAUGUAAAAGAAAACAAGUUCUCUACAGCUGAAGACUGCAGCCCAGAGGUGGACAACUUCUUUGUGCCUAUUGUGGUGGGAGCAUCCUUGGCAGGAUUAGUGUCUCUGAUUUUCAUGGCUUAUUUUUUUGGUCUCCGAAAACGUCGUGGCUCUAGCUAUCAGCAGCUUUAAAAACAGAAUAUUCUUCGGGCGGAACGCUUUCCCCUUUCAACCACCUGAGAAGUGUUUUGCACCUGCAGAGUUUUUAGGCCUUAUGUAUGGAUUUUUUAAAAAGAUGCAUGUGGACAUGUGGGGAUUCAAAGAGAAAACAAUGGUUGCUUAUUGAGUUGUCAUAUGAAUAAGUUUGAACUAAUUUUAUGUUGAAUUGCUAGAGGCUGAUCUUAAGCCAAACACACUUUUUUCAAAAGAACAUCACUGCAGUGGCUGAACACCGUGGUGGGAAGGGCUCCCACAGGUGUCCCUGCUCUUUGAAGCCUGGUACAGAAUUCAUGCUGGCUCCUUGCAAACCACGGCUCAGGCAUUUGGAACCCAGCUUUGUGAAUGCUUGCUUCCCUCCAGUCCCCUGGAAUGUAGUUCCACCCCUUUGACCUCCAAGUGUUGACCUUGGCUUUCACUUAGCACCCUUAGUCAUGAUUAUUUUGGAAUCUGUUUUAUUCCAACCAUUGUUUACAUUGGCACAUGUGUAAUAUGCGGUUGGUGAAGGGACUGGGAAGGUGCUCCAAAGAGCAGAACAGAGCACGUGUUCCCAAAGUCAUGUCCCAAUUUGCAAACCGUGGCCUGUUGAAAGACUGCACCAGCUUAAAACCCAAAUAAGCAAAUGGGUCUUCACCUUGUUUGAAUCAGAUGUGCAGUGAAGGGCUAGUUUGGGGUUCUCUUCAACUGCUUUGAGCUAAAAGUUUAUUCUGACAAUUGGGACAUUGUCAGAUAAGCUCUGUUCAUCCUUGCCUUCCAUAGGAAAUGAGCUUUGCACUCAAAAUGUAUGAACAUUUUAACAGAUUUGUGGAGCAGAUGUGUACGUGUAUGUAUGCUGUUUCAAUGGGUGGAGGCGGUGGGUGUAGCAAAUGGGUACUUUCCCACUGUAACCCAACACCCUUGAUUAUGUGAAGGCUUCAUUCUUCAAAUGUGGAGCUAAGCGUAGAGAUUACCAAUGUGAAUAUCUGAAGUCCUCAUUUCUGCAGAAUGUUGUACCUGCUGCCAUUAUAUAAAGAGCACUGUAACUUUGUUCUGAUGUUUGUGAACAACAGCCAGUGUUGUGCCUUAUUACAAAAUGUCUCUAAUUAUUAUGCAUAC